AGAUGCACGCAAACGUUUAUGAGAUGCCUUCAGCACGGGAGCGAAAUGAUCGUCAUCACUGAGCCGGACCACCUCGCCUCCUCAUCUUUGUAUUGACGAUGAAGCAGGAGCCAGCGUCUCCGUCGUUACGCGGGUUCCUGGUCGCUCUCGUGGGGCUAUGCGCAUUGACUUUCUUGCUGGAGAAUUCUCUACUCGGCGCCAGUGACGUUGACAAUGGAGACGCGCUUUCAACGAACCUCGUCAUCUCGGUUCAUGAAGACGACGGGACUGUGUACAAUCUGCCAGCGUGGGUGGAAUCAGAAGACGACACUGAGGUUCCAAUUGCGGACCGCUUGCAUCUGAGUCUGCUGCACGAAGCUUGCGUCACGAACAAAGAUGCAGUGGUGCCCUGGCAGUUCGGAUCACCUCGUGGGGACCACCAACGGCAGAAUGCAACAGCAGACAACGACUACGAGCUUAUUAACUGCAACGACAGCAACUUAAUCGAGACGCUAAAACACUGCCCCGACGUGGAUAUCUUCCUACCGCUCGGUCUGCGUGGGAACGGAUACUGCGAGGAUGCAGUAGCGUACGCCAAAUAUCUUGACUCUCGACUGCUGCCGAUGUGGGUUCUGGAUACCAAGUUCUACGAUGAUACUCUUGGACGAGAAGUGGACUACCACGACUUGUGUCCUAAGACGCCGAUGAUUUUCUUUAACCACUAUUGGGACGGCGUGCCGGACUCUCAGCGCUGGCCGAAGGACAAACCGCUCUACUUGAUGCCGAAUAUCGAGAUGAUUGAGCUCACCCCUUCGCACUAUUGGAGAGUCGACGCUGUACUAUGCAAGACCCAUGUUUGCUACGACCGAGUGACGCGCUGGUACGAGGAAAACGGCAAUCCACGCAACGCCAGUGUAUUCUUCACGAAACACACGUCGUCCGAUCAGGCAGAGUUUGCAAAACAACGUCUAGGCAACGAUUUGAUCGCUCCGAAAGAUUUCUCCAACGUCAAGUUUGUCCACACCGCUGGUACGAGCGUCUGGAAAGGCACGCGAGAGCUUGUGGACUGCUGGGUAAUGUCAUCGGGGAUGCCUCAAUUGGACGUCUAUAUCGACGAUAGCUCGUACAAUUUUCUAUUCCCACAGACAUACCAGCGCAGGUUAGACCGUGCUCGCAGUCCUGUCCACAUCAAUCGUGGCAUGUUAGACCCUCAAGACUUCAGCAAGCUGACAGCCGAAGCUGCAUUCUUCAUGUGUCCAAGCCGAAGUGAAGGCUACGGUCACUACAUUAACCAAGCGCGAGCUUCUGGCGGAGUAGUGAUAACCACCGACGCACAUCCGAUGAACGAGUUGGUCGUCUCGAGUGACAUGGGGGUGUUGAUACCGACAAAAUCUCAACAUAAUCCCAAGAUGCUUCUUGGCGGCAAGUACAACGGUGAACAUGGACUCAAAGACCCUGACGGGCUUUUGGUAAGGUAUAACUCUCGUGGGUUGUGCACUGCAGUCCGGGACUUCAUUUCAUCCACAACCACUGAGCAGCGAGCAGCCAUGGGAGCUCGAGCAAGGCAGCAGUACCAUCAAGACACGAAACAUUUUGCUAGAUCGAUGCAAAAGUUACGCGAGUUUACCCGAAACUAACUAAAAAAAUAUAACCCAGGUACAUAGAAAUAUUGACGCUUUGGUGGCUAAAACUGUGUGCACCCUCAGCACUUGCUGGUGUAUUUACUUAACUACGUUUUCUCU